AUGAGUUCGGUGGACACAAUUGUUGAUAUUAUAAGUCGAGACGAAGCCCUGGCCAGGGAGUCGGAUGUUGGCAUUUUCCAUGACAGGAGUAUGGGACAGAAUACAGGGAUAGUCUCCGCUGAGGGAGAAACCUGGAAGAAAAACAGGGCCUGGACUUUCAAAACAUUGAGUAGAGUCGGACUCAGUAAAAUUUCUGGACUGGAGAGCAACAUUCACAAGCAAUCCAGCAGUAUAAUUGCUGUUUGGGAGAAGGCCUUAUCCUCGUCUGGUAUGCCGUGGGCGGAAGUGGAAGUUUCAGAUGAUGUCAUGACGGUCCCAUUUUUCAAGGUGGUCUUCACCUCAGUGAUGGGGAGCGACAGGGUGAAUGACGCAAAAAAUGGGACACAACUUAACGAAAUGAUCCAUCUGAAUAUGGAGAACACCAAGAGCCUUUCGUCUUUUGCGGCCGGGCUGGAUGUAGCUUUCCCCAUUCUGAGCCGUAUUAUUCCGGCAACGACUGGGCGCAAGGUUCAAAAUAAGUUUCAUUCAUCGGCAAGGCGAGCGGCUCAAAGUCUCCUUGACGAUGUUAGAAACGAGGCAUUUGGGUCGUCAGCUGCACUGGGUAAAAUUCAGGGAACAAGUAGCCUAACCCACGCGUUUUUUGAAGCAAUGGAGAACAAUCCAUCCGAUCCAGAUUUUACAGAUUUCCAUUUCACCAGCAUCUACAUGGACUUACUACAAGGGUCCGGGGAAACUACGAGUGCUCAUGUACAGUGUCUCCUCUUGAACUGUGUGACUCAUCCAGAAUGGCAGCAAAAGAUUGUAAAUGAAAUUAAUAACGUCAUCGGAGACGAUGAGUUACCAAAAUUGGAACACCAGAGUCGAAUGCCAUGCACUGAAGCCUUCAUGCUAGAAGUUCACAGGACGGCUAUACUAAUGCCAAACCUGGUUCCACGCCGGUCCAUUGCGGAUUUUAAAUUUGAGGAAUUUACAAUCCCAAAAAACACUUUGCUAAUUGCUGAUGUUGUGACGGCGCAUUCUGACCCACGAAUCUGGAAAAAUCCAAGUGAAUUCGACCCUUCGCGCUUUCUUCUCUCAAGUGGUAAAGAACUUUGUCCAAAAACUAAACGUCAAUGUCUACCUUUUGGAGCUGGGAAACGUCGCUGUCCUGGGGAAACUAUCGCUGAGGCAAUGGCAUUUCUCUUUUUUAUAAACAUUCUGCGAAAGUUCAAGCUUGGCGCAAUAGCUGGACAAAGACCUCCAAAACUGAGAAUGAUGGAAGGAGCUGCUGCGUUACCUCUUCCGUUCAAAAUGACAAUUACCAAGCGUGGAAAACUAGCCAAAAUCUGA